AUGGAAUCCCCCAGCAGGUCAUGGGCUGACAAUGACAAAGACCCUAGCUGUGAGCUCAGCCCUCUGGCUAUUGGAGAGGAUGAUUUCCAGGACUGUUACAUAGAAUGCCUACUCAGAGGGGAGUUUUCUGAAUCUAUCCUGGGAGAAGAUUCACUUUUUAAGUCCUUGGACUGCCUGGAGAAAGGAUUAGAUGAAGACCUUCCCAAGCAGAUUUUUGAAGCAGACUCCCUUCUUGAAUCUUCUUUGGAAUAUGUGAAAAAGGGGACAACACCAGAGCUUCCUCAGCAGACCAGUGAAGAGAAUUCACGACUUGGGUGUUCUGAAUACGGGACAGGCAAAAAGCCUCCUCCCACAGAGAGACCCUGCACCAGCGACAUAGCAGAUCCGAAACAGCUCACAGGAUUUGCUAGAAAGAAGCGAGGAAAAAAUACACGCCAAAGAAAGCCGAAUAACAAAUCUUCCCCGAGAAGUCACAUCCCUGUUCCUGGUCCCAAAGAUCACGUGUGUGCAGAAUGUGGGAGAACAUUCUCAGAGAGCUCAAAACUAAAAAGGCAUUUUCUGGUUCAUACUGGAGAGAAGCCCUAUCAGUGCACCUUUGAAGGGUGCGGAAAGCGCUUUUCUCUGGACUUCAAUUUACGAACGCAUCUGUGCAUCCACACUGGGGAGAAACGUUUUGCGUGUACCUUUCCAGGCUGUGACAAGAGGUUUGUUCAGUCAAAUAACCUGAAAGUGCAUUUCUUAACUCAUUUGAAGACAAAGCAGAAUAAAUGA